CAUAUGCUCACUGGCGACAUCUUCUACGCCCGAUAUAUGAGGACUCGCAUCUCAUACCAGAUGAGUAUCGUGUAGGACGUGCUUCACUGGCUUGGGUUAGAUGGUUCAGUGCUUUCAUAGAACCAUUUAACUCCAUUUUACACAGCUUGGGCCAAGAUAACCUCUAUGACCCUAUCAGUUUCGGGGCUAGACAAUGUGAUUAUCAUAUACACCCAGGUCUUGCUCCUCGAAAUCUAUCCUCUCGUGACUUGACUGUGGUGCAGAGGGUAGCUGAAGAACAUCUUCAGGAUUAUCUUGUAUCUAUCAUGAAUAAAGAGAUGACCAAUAAUGAUCAUUGGAAGAGAGAGCUGCACAACCUUCUGGGUGUACAGGUCGACUAUCAGGGUCAAACAGCCAUGGAGCGGGAUCACUUUGAAACAAACCCUGUUGCCGGUCCUUCAUCCCAACCUGUGUUACUUGACAACCUGUUGGCAAAAGAGAAUUUGAUAGAUAAUCAAAUUAUUGUGCCAGUUGAGAACAACAAGAAGCGUCACCCACCCUUGAAUAUCCUUUCAAGAGAUAAUGGGGAUCCACCAGCCAAGAGAAGGCUUGAUUUUACUGAUAUGGAUGAGGGUUGUGGCCCAGCCAUUGCACUUGUCCCCAACGUCACUCCCGUUGACGAAGAUCCCAAUCAAGAAGAUGAAGAUUAUACAGUCAUUACAGAUUUCGGUAUAGUGGAUAAGAAAGGCAAUUUACAGCCUCUUCCUUCUAUUGAAAGCUACAUUACUACCACACGGGAUUGUGGACAGCAGCUUGACCAUCCAUCCUCCGGCCAAGCGUUAUCUAAGGAUACGCAAAGCAUGGACGCGACUGAGAUCGAGAAGAUUUUCUUGGCAACAGCAUAUCAGGUGUCACUAAAGGUUCUCAACGGGCUGGAUGUUACUACAUUGAAAGACCCGGAGCGAUGUGCCGCCCUGCAACUUACUUCGACUAGUCUCCCUGGGAAUUUUGCUAGCAUUUCCAAGAUCAAAGCUAUGCUGGACAAACUGGUUGCUAUUUCCCAACAAUUGCAACUUGCCCACUCUGAAUUUGAAGCAAGCUCUGGGCGAGUAGACCAAGCUGUUGGCCAGGAAAUGAUUUCAGUUGAAGAGAGGAAAGCUGAGCUUUUAGCAGAAGUUGCCAAGUUUAACCUUGCCUUGAAGGAACUGGAGGAGAAGGAGGAAAAGCUAUUGAAGACUCAGUCUGCCCAGGAAUUAGAAGUGAAGGAGCAAGAACAAGCGCUGUGUGAUGCCACUACAAAGGCAAACAAGAGAGCCAAUGAUGACCUCCGGGCAAAGACGAUGGUUCCUAUCCAGGAAGCUGAGCUGAGAAGCUUUGGUUUGACUGAUCUGCUGAUUUUUUGUGACCAAAAUACUGUUGGCUGA